AUUCAACACAGGUCCAUGUGAAGCGUAUGCACAAGGGUUCAAUUCGACGUUUCCGUUUCACACUCUCUGCAGUUAUUUCCCAAUCCUUUUUACAAUACGUCCAUGCAUUUGCACGUCUCUUUGAUAAUGGCUUAAAUUGAGUGGACAGACGUGUAUGCCUUGUCAGGAUUGCCUUUUGAUUGUAUGCUUCGCCGGAGACACAAGGAACCGUGUGAUCAUUGAUAAAAACUACAUGCACACUAUUCUGAAACACGAUUUUCAUUUCCAACUCCUUUUCAACCAAGAAACAGUUAAAGCAUAUACGUUUGUAAUGAUGCAAAUACCACCAGGAAAGGCUGUCUGGGAACAUAUAGUGUGGUGUGGGUAGGACCGUGGCAAGCCCAUGCACAAGAGAUUAAAAUGUUAUGGAGUUAUAGAAGUGCAUUGUUUUCACACCAGGGAAGAGGAUAUUACAUUUCCCAACAGACAGCAACAAAUGAAACAAUCUCCACGGAAUAACAACUACUUCACGAAUGGUCCUGUUGGUUGUAACAAUUGCCAGGACCAAGAACUUGUAUUGAGUAUGAUACACCUGUGUCCAGACUAGCCCGCUGCGAGGGGAUGUGUUAAUUUUGUAAAAUAGAAAGUGAUUCUGUGAAAUAGGAAGAAGGCAUCAAUCUUUUUUGCGGGACAGAAGGGUAAUGGAAUGAGAUAUGCAAUAUAUGUAAGGCUAUCAUAUGCUGGCUGCGGAAGCAUGAUACUGCACGAUUCAAGAUGGCGAGAAUAGAAGUCCUGGUUGGGUUGUCGUUCUUGGUAUGCUUCAACAAAGGAGUGUCGGCAGAGAAAGAGUAUCAAAUUUGCAUCAACAAGAGUGCUCCAAUACUGACGGAUGAGCAGAAACUGUACAUGUCCCUGAUGGCGGGGUACGACAGACAUACCCGCCCCGUCUACAACGCCUCGCACUCCGUCGACGUGUACAUUGGCAUUACAUUAACACAAGUAUUUGACGUGGACGAGAAAAAUCAGGUUUUGACUACAAACAUUUGGCUAGAUCAGGAAUGGAAGGAUGAGAAACUGUACUGGGACCCGGGCGACUACAACGGGUUGAAGGUGCUUAGGAUUCCAUGCAGCGAGAUUUGGAAACCCGAUAUCGUGCUGUAUAACAGCGCCGAGGACUAUACAAAUGGUUACAUGCAGGCUCUAGCUAUGGUACAAGCAGAUGGCACCGUGUUCUGGCCCCCUAUCGUCAAACUUAGAAGCACUUGUCAGAUCGACAUCACUUACUUCCCGUUUGAUGACCAAGUCUGCAAAAUGAAGAUCGGAUCCUGGGCAUAUGAUGGCUUUCAGGUGAAUGUCUACAACAGAUCGGCGACCGCCGUGGAUCUGUCAAACUACGUAGAAAAUGGAGAAUGGGACUUAGUAAGCGUUGAAGCAAUCCGUAAUGUGGUGUACUACCAGUGCUGCCCAGAACCGUUCCCUGACGUCACCUUCACCAUUCACCUCCGCCGUCGUACGCUGUACUACACCUACAACGUCAUAACGCCUUGCAUUAUGUUGUCGACGUUGACGUUGUUGGUUUUCUGGAUGUCACCCGAGAGUGGGGAGAAGGUCACACUUGGUUUGACGGUUCUUCUUGCGUUCUCAGUGUUUAUGCUGCUUAUUGCUGAGAACAUGCCCGCUACUUCAAGCUUUGUUCCCCUCAUAGGUAUCUAUUUGACAAGUGUAAUGUCCUUGACAUCUUUCUCCGUAAUCCUGGCGGUGACAGUGUCUAACAUUAGCAGUCAUGGGCGGAAAGAAAUCUCAGUACCGAGAUGGCUCAAGAAACUUGUUAUCAUCCUCGCCAGAAUAAUGUGCAAACGGCUGUAUUUCAUCCGGCCAGUAUUAGCUAACGAGGGGGAGGUUCUUCGAAGUGGAAUGAGAGGCGGCAGGCAGUUCUAUAAAGGAACGGAAAAUAACUUUUCAAACGAUUCUGGUUGUGGCUUAAUAGAUUACGAAAAUGGCGAACCAACGUCUCAUAGAAGAUUAGAUAACGUGAACACUCGGCGAGAGUUUAGGAACGUUGGUGACUUUGACGAGGUUUUGGCGAGGCUUCAAGAACUGAUUUUUCGAGAGGAGGAAAAAGAGAAGGAAGACAACAUGUGCCGGGAAUGGCAAGAAGCUGCGGAAGUGAUCGACAGAUUUAUGUUCUGGAUUUUUAUCACAGGUACCGUGUCAGUGACUCUUGUUCUACUUAUUGUCUUGCCUAUGACAAAAGCAGACAAAACAACGUGAAUGUUAAUGCCAGUACAUCUAACUUCAAGUCAUUCGCUUCCAACGAACGAUUUAUGGUGCAUUAUAUGUUUUCGUGGUAUUUUCAGGAACAGAUGCUGAGUCCUUUGAAUAGAAACUACGGUUAUUGUCGGAUACAAUGAUUUACUGAUGCUCCUAGCUUAGAUGUGACGUUUGAAUUAGUGUUUUUUUGUUACUCAUAUUUAACUUUAACAUAACCUGUUACAUCGACAGUGGUUUGUCUUUUUGUAUAAAAAACUAAUGUUAUUAUACUCUUCAAUUAGUGAUACUAUCUGUAUAUAUGUAUACACAUGCUUUAUUUCACUUGUUUUCGGUGUAACCGAUGAUGAAUGAUCCUAAAUGUUGCUUAUCCUGUCAAUACUGCUUAACCAUAUUGUUAACUAAUUAUACCAAUGUGACUACUUACGUAAUGUAACUGACGAAGUUGUUACCAAUCAUAUUAAGAACAAAAUCGGUGUGUUAAGAGACAUAGGCGAACAAGGGACUAUGUCAAAGUAUAUUUUAGACACAAUAUAGACAUCGAACAUGAUAUGUAAAUGUAGAAGAUUGUUGUAAAUAAAUAAUGUGUAUUUUU